AUGAACAUGAGACGGCUCUGCCUCUCUGCAGCCCUUCUCGUCCUCCUCGGCACCCUGGUGGCCGGCACCCCGGGGGGUGAAACCAGCAACCAGGCCCAAGCCCUGCGCCCUGCCUUGUGCCUGGAGCCUCCCUACACGGGUCCCUGCAGGGCCCUGUUCAUCAGAUACUUCUACAAUGCCAAGUCUGGGCUCUGCGAGACCUUCGUUUACGGUGGGUGCAGAAGGAAGCAGAACAACUUCCUGGAUAAGGACGACUGCAUCAGCACCUGUGGUGGCCGCAACAGGGCCCUAGGAGCGCCGGGCAGCUGGGCUCCCCUGAGAUGGUGACGUCCUAGGAGGCCCCACACAGGGCUGGGCUCUGGCUUCUGAAAGAGUUGAGCCUCUUCCUCUGCUUCCUUCUCAGACCUACCCUCCUCAGCAGAACCCUGCCUCUUUCCUCACCUUCAUCCCACUCUCCACCAUCACUGCACCCCUUGGAGGGGGCAGCGAUGGAAGUUCUGGCAUCCAGUUCUGAGCGUCAGUGGUGGCAGAGGAUUUUUCAAUAGAGAAACCCCUUUUCCCCACAGUGAUGUUGAAUAUUUAUCUG